GCCGACCCGGGGCCGACGGCGGGCCUCUACAUGGAGAGAUCGCAGAGCCGCAUCAGCCUGUCGGCGUCCUUCGAGGCCCUCGCCAUCUACUUCCCAUGCAUGAACUCCUUCGACGAGGACGACGGGGUGGAUACGGAGGGCAGGAAGUUGAAGGGAGGCAUCCAGAGGAGCACAGAGACGGGUCUGGCCGUAGAGAUGCCCAGCCGGACUGUCCGACAGGCCAGCCACGAGUCUAUAGAGGACAGCAUGAACAGCUACGGCUCCGAGGGGAACCUGAACUACAGCGGCAUGUGUCUGGCAUCGGACGCACAGUUCAGCGACUUCCUGGACGGGAUGGGACCCGCUCAGUUUGUUGGGCGACAGACGCUGGCGACCACAUCGAUGGGUGACGUAGAGAUCGGUCUGAUGGAGAGGAACGGGGGUCUGGAGGUGGAGGUGGUCCAGGCCAGAGGACUCACUAUGAAACCAGGUUCAAAGGGACCUCCAGCGGCCUACAUCAAGGUUUACCUCCUGGAGAACGGCAGCUGUGUGGCCAAGAAGAAGACCAAGUCAGUGAGGAAGUCUCUGGAUCCGCUCUACAACCAGGUCCUGGUCUUCUCUGAGAGUCCGCAGGGGAAAGUGGUGCAGGUGAUCGUUUGGGGAAACUACGGACGGAUGGACCGCAAAUGCUUCAUGGGCGUAGCUCGAAUCCUAUUGGAGGAGCUGGACCUCAGCUCGAUGGUGAUUGGCUGGUACAAGCUCUUCCCUACCUCCUCCAUGGUGGACCCGACGAUGGCGCCGCUCAUCCGCCACUCGUCCCAGAUGUCCCUGGAGAGCACCAUCGGGCCGUGCUGUGAGCGAUCUUAAGACUCGUUUAGUUCCAUCGCAGACACAUUGUUAUACAGCCUGUAGCCCGGCGCCGGGUCCGCCAGGCGGCACCGCCUCUGGAGCAGGGAGGUGAUCAGUAUCUCACUCAACGGCACUCUGACGGGUCCAACCACACCUGGACUGAAUCACUGCUCUGAUUGGCUGGUUGGGAACCGGCUUCACCAACCAGAAGGUCGUUCUCGUUGGAAAUGUGCUGUAGUUCUUUUGAUAUCGUAUCUGUUUCCUGAGACUCACAGGAAGCACAUUUCUUUUGUUACUGCACCGACCUCCCCCCCGACUCACAGGAAGACGUUGCUCCCUUCACGUCUCUUUGAUGAGAAAAACAAAAACCUGCUUAAUGAGGAGCAUCAAAGGACAUCGAUCACAUCCUGUUGGGACCGCACCGCACCGCGGGCUCGGCUUCACUUCAGCUACACGCUUUCACGGCCUACAUUUGAUUCUCACCCCCGGGACGUCUCGUUGUCUCUCAGCAUCCUCGUUAACGGGCCGGACGGCUCCUGAGUGUUAUCUGUCCGUCCACGAGUCCGGAGACAAAGUGAGACGCCCUUCAGACUGUUUCAGACGCAGGUUGAAGGUCAACGGAUCUCACUACAGAGGACUUUAUAUAUAUACAUUUAUAUAUAUAGCUUUAAAGCUAUGUAGAACUGAUUUGUUGAAACCAACCAUCUUGGUUUCAAAGCUGUUUUUGUUUUUUGUGUCACACAUUUGGCCCUUCGGUGUUCAGUUCAUCUGGUACUCUGAGUGGAGGUGUGAAUGAAGCCCCGUUCAUCUUCUGGAAGCAUCUGGAUCUCCACCUGAGUACUGCUGUCAGUUACCUGCAUGGUUAGGGUUAGGGUUAGGGUUAGUUACCUGCAGGGUUAGGGUUAGGGUUAGUUGGAUUAGGGUUAGGGUUAGGGU